AUGGAAUAUUCGUUAAAGGCUGAAAAUAGAAAAAAAUUUAAAGACAAACAAAAAUUAAAAAGAAAACACGCUACACCAAGUGAUUUAAAAUACCACAAGAUCAAUACUACUGAUGCUGCUGGUCGUAAUAAGAUUAUUAUAAAAAAUAAAAACAAUGAUGAGGAUAAUAAAGAGAAUAAAGUAGAAGAAACAGAAAAGGAAGUAUCACAGUUGCAAGAUGAUAAUGAAUGUAAUAAUAUAGCAAAGAAUGAUAUACUAUUAGAACAAGUAGAAGACGAUGUAAUAGAUGACGAAUUGAGGAAAAAGUUGAAAGAAAUUGCGUUAGAGAAAUCAGUUAAUGAUAAUACGAAUGAUGCUGACAGGAUUAGUAAGUUAAUAUUGACUAAAGAUAAAUUAACAUACAAAGAUUUUGACAAAAUGAAUGUUACACAAUUAAAUCAGGUUUUAGCAAAAAAUAAGGGAGUCGAUGUUGGUAAUGUUUCUGAUACUAUUACCUCUAGCGGAUUGCAGAGUAGUAAGAUUCCUGAACCUAUUAUAACGGAUGAGGCUGUUGUGCCGAAUGGUGUGUCAAUUGAUAAAGAGAAUAAUAGUAUGCUACCAAAUACCUUACUGGAUGAUCAAUCUUUCUUGGAUAGUAUACUUUAA